ACUGGCUACGGAAAGCGCAAAGGGACAUUUCAUGUCGUCUUACGUAGCUACCAACUAAACAUCGUUGCUGUCAUGGCAGCACACCUGAAAAAGCGAGUUUACGAGGAAUUCUCCAAAGUUGUACAGAUCCCCCAGGAAGAAGCUCCGGCCAAGAAGCUCCGCCUGUGCAAGCCCAGCAAGUCUGCGGCACUUCAUGUUGAUCUGUGCAAGGCCACCAACUCCACGGACGCUCUGCAGUACCUCCUGCAGUUCGCACGCAAGCCUGUGGAGGCCGAGAGCGUGGAGGGUGUGGUCAGGAUCCUGUUGGAGCACUACUACAAGGAAACGGAUAACUCGGUGAGGCUGAAGAUUGCUUCUCUGCUGGGUUUGCUGUCCAAAACUGUGGGCUUCAGUCCCGACUGCAUCGUGGAGGACGUCAUCAGCACCGUCUCCAAUGAGAAGUCUCAUCAGGUCCUGGCUCAGCUGCUGGACACUCUGCUCAUCAUCGGCGUGCAGCUGCCUGAGAGCCCCGUGGUGGCUCACAGGCUUGUAGACGUGGCUUGCAAGCACCUGUCUGAUACUUAUUUCGGCGUGAGGAACAAAUGUCUGCAGCUGCUGGGAUGUCUCGGCACGAUGGACAGCCCCCCGGGCAAAGACGCAGAGGGACUCGGCACAUCUGCAGGAGCAGCGAGAGACGUUCAGGGUAUCAUCAGUGACCAUUUUGGAGAUCAGGACCCCAGAGUGCGCACGGCAGCCCUCAAGGCUAUGCUGCAGCUGCAUGAAAGAGGAAUGAUAAUUCAGCAGAUCAUUUAUGACCAGGCGUGCAGGUUGCUGGCAGACGACUACGAGCAGGUUCGCUCUGCAGCAGUUCAGAUUGUUUGGGUGCUGAGUUUGUUGUAUCCUGAGAGCAUUGUGCCCAUCCCCUCGUCCAACGAGGAGAUACGACUGGUAGACGACGCUUUCGGGAAGAUCAGUCACAUGGUCAGUGACGGCUCCUGGAUGGUGCGGGUGCAGGCUGCCAAGACACUGGGUUCCAUGCUGCAGGUCAGUCCUCACUUCCUGGAGCAGACACUGGAUAAGAAGCUGAUGUCGGACCUCAGGAGGAAGCGUACGGCCCACGAGCGCGCCAAAGAGCUCUUCGCUUCGGGGGAGUUCUCCUCGGGCAGGAAGUGGGCUGACGACGCCCCCAAGGAGAAGCUGGACACCAACACUGUCAACCUCAUCGCCUCGGGAGCCUGCGGCGCCUUCGUUCAUGGUCUAGAAGACGAGAUGUUCGAGGUCCGCAUUGCGGCGGUGGAAGCCUUGUGCCAGCUGGCUCGCUCGUCUCCCAGCUUCGCCGAGAAGUGUCUGGACUUCCUGGUGGACAUGUUCAACGACGAGAUCGAGGAAGUGCGCUUGCAGUCCAUCCACGUGCUGAGAGAGAUCUCCACACACAUCACCCUGAGGGAGGACCAGCUGGACACCGUGCUGGCCGUCCUGGAGGACUCGUCUCGGGACAUCAGAGAAGCUCUGCACGAGUUACUUUGCUACACCAACGUCUCCACCAAGGAGUGCAUCCAGCUGGCUCUGCUGGAGCUGCUCAAGAACCUCAACAAGUAUCCCUCGGACCGGAACUCUGUCUGGAAGUGUCUCAAGUUUUUGGGUUCCCGCCACCCAAUGUUAGUGUUGCCUCUGGUCCCUGAACUCCUCAGCACACACCCGUACUUUGACACACCGGAACCAGACAUGGACGACCCAGCCUACAUCGCGGUCCUGGUGUUGGUGUUCAACGCGGCCAAGUCGUGUCCCACCAUGCCGGCGCUCUUCUCCGACCACACCUUCAGACACUACGCCUACCUGAGGGAUAGUCUGUCACACCUGGUCCCACCUCUCCGACUGCCUGGAAGGAAGCAGGUGCACGGUUUGGACUCUGUAGAUUCUGGAUCGGAGUCGGGUUCCGUGGAAUCAGCCAAGCUCUUCCUGCAGCAGAGUCUGGACAGGAUCAGCACCAUUCAGAACCUGGAAGCACCCGGAGCUCAGGACCUGCUCAUUUUCACCAUACGUGACCUGCAGAGGCUGGGUCAGCUGCAGACGGAACUUGCUGGAGCUGCCGACUUCUGCGCUACGUACCUGCGCUGCCAGCUGCUACUCAUCAAGGCUUUGCAGGACAAGUUGUGGAACAUGGCGGUCCCUCUGUGCCUCAAACAGAACGUCACAGCUAUGGCGGCCGCUCAGCAGGUCCUGGAGGAGAGCUACAAGCUGGAGUUCAUGUACAGCGGUCUGGAGAGCAGACAGGUGGCCAUCGCGCAUCACGUGCGGCUGCAGGCCAAAGCCCUGCGGCUCAUCCUGAGCGCUCGCACCACACACGGGCAGGAGCCUCUCAUCAGCAGCAGUGAAAAGUUCCUGCAGGAGCUGGAGUCUUUUCACAGGCUGUUCCCGGCAGAGCUGCCUCACUUCCAGGACAGCUUUGUUGACAAACUUUUGGAGCUGACGCCGCGCCUUUUGUCCUGCAAGCCUGCAGAGCUGGUCAAGAUUCUGCAGUCGGCCCUGAGGCAGAGCGCUCUGCUGCAGCUUUCGCUUCCUCAACAGAUUUAUCGAGCCACAGCCAACAUCAUCGAGCCCACAGGGGAGUCGGACAACCCGCUGAGGUUCACGUCCGGUCUCGUGGUGGCGCUAGACGUUGAUGCUACCUUGGAGCAUGUCCGCGACCCCCAGAACUCGGUCAAAGUGGAGGUUCUGUAUCCUGAUGGCCAGAGUCACGUGAUCCAUCCCAAACCCGGAGACUUCCGGAAACCCGGACCGAGCAGACACAGACUCAUCACACAAGUCUACCUGUCUCACAGCGCAUGGACAGAGCCGUCCCAGGUGGAGGUGCGCCUCCUGCUUGCCUACAGCUCCUCCUCCUCCGCCUCCUCUCCGGAUUCCAAGCUGGCAUGGAGCGACAGCAUCGACAGCCUUCCGCCACCGGAGGCCGCCGUAGAGGGGACCAUCGCCUUCAGCAAGCCUGUCAAAGUCUUCAUCAUGCCAAAGCCUGCCAGACGCUAAGGAGAGCCCAGACCUGUCCCGGUCUUCGGUGUAGCAGUCCGACCCAAAGAUAAAAACAUUUGCUCUUUCAAAAUGCAGCCAAUAAUAGUUUUGUGGAUCCGUUUUUUUUUUUCUUAAAAAAAGGUCUUCAACAAACAAGGACAAAUAAACAAAAUGGACCCUCUGACGAUA